GCUGGCGGAGAUGCGGAGCCGCGAGGAAGUGGAGGCCACGCUGCAAGUCGCCAAAGUGGACCCGGCGGAGCUGUGGCCCGUCGUGCAGUGCCUCAGCUUCGGUUCCCAAGCGAACGCCGCCGAGCGUUACCUCCUCCAGCUGGAGCCGGAACUGUGCGCGGAGUUGGAGGCGGGGCGAAGCCUUGUGAUCCGUGGGGACAGAGAGGAACAUGCCAUCUUAUGCAGUAAAGAUAAGACCUAUGACAUGAAAAUAGCAGAUACCUCUAAUACUUUGCUUUUCUUACCUGGCUGUGCAACACCAGAAGAGUUUAGUCCAGACAAGCCUACUUCUAAUAUCCUUCACACUCAGAUUGCAGGAAUCUCCAAAAAUUUCUGGGAACUAAGAAGAUGUCGGCCUAAAUUAAAGAAGCUCAAGAAACUUCUAAUGGAAAAUCCAUACAAAGGACCAGACAGUGAGAAAGAGAGCGCUUCGGCCCAUUCCAAGUACACAACAGAAGACUUACUAGAUCAGGUCCAAGCAAGUGAGGAAGAAAUAAUGCACCAACUGAAGUCUCUAAAAGCAUGCCAGAUUGAAGGAUGCUGGAGGAUGCUAGACUUCGAUUAUGAGAUGAAACUGUUGAAUCACGUCACUCAGCUGAUAUAUUCUGAAUCCUGGUCAUUCAACAACGUUCCUUUACGUGUCUGCCUUCAAGAGCUUGGAUGCUUAGAACCGGCGGAAAUGAUAGAACACAUUCUCAUGCAUUAUGGAAGGAAACACACUGAUGAAGGUGAGACUUAUUUUGAAAUGAAUGAAGAGAAGAUAUGCCGGGCAAUAGCCCAAAUGCUGUUGCAAAAUGCAGUUAAAUUCAGUCUCUCGGAAUUCCGAGAGGUCUGGCAGCAAAGUGUCCCUGAAGGAAUGAUAACCAGGCAAGACCUGUUAAAGGGUUUGGCUCUUGUGGAUCAGUCCUCCAGACCAGAAACUAUUUCCUUGCUAAAUGUUGAAGAUUUACCUGAAGACUGUCAAGAAAGAUUUAAUAGUUUGUUCAGCAUAAGGCAAAAAUGGACAGAAGCUGAUAUAACUCCAUAUAUACAGGAUUUAUGUUCGGAGAAGCAAACAGUUGGUGCAUUGCUGACAAAAUAUGCUCGUUCUUCAAUGCAAAAUGGAGUCAAGGUCUAUAAUUCCAGAAGACCCAUUUCAUGAAAAACAAUAGUGAUGAAGAUUUGAAAUACUUUAUAGACUGUCAACUGGUGGCUUAAACUUGGGAUGUGGGGGUAUUGGGAGUUUUUUAGUAUUUUUUUCUCACAACUAUUUUCUAUGAGGCAUGUAAUAAUAUUAAAGUGCACUGGAAUUUUUAAAUAGAGUUUUCCAGAUGAACUUCUGGCUGGAAAAUUUCAGGAUACAAUAGAUGAAUGCUUCCUUCAAA